GCGCGCUUUAGUUCAAUCGGGUUACACGGACUCAGACUUGGCUGACUUGCCCAACAAUGCAGACCAAGCUACAAAAGUUUGAAAUCUUAUCUUUGCGCACAGGGCUGGCUGUGAGGGGUCUUAUGAGUGACAGCAGCAUGGAUCAGGCUACACGAUUUGGUUUCUCUGCAUCCCUGUGUAAAGUAAUUUGAAGAGUCCGGAGACAUGAACAACCUCGCUGUGGUGCCAGAGGAGACAAUUUACUCUUUCCAUACUGGGUUUUAGCAAGAGCUCUGAAGGUUUACAAAUGGAGAAUUAUUGUUAGAAAUUAAAUUUCAAUAGCAGACCUCUUUGUGUUGUCUUCUACAACUCUUGGAUAAUCACCCACACUGUGGAGUCACUUUUGGAGACGUUGGAUCUGAUUUACGCACGGGAUUCCUCUAACAAAUGACAGCUUCUAAGUGGUUUAUUGCUCCCCCACUUCAUCCCCUCAGCUCCCCGCAUCGUACCGAUCCACCGUAUCACUCUCCUCACCAGGUUGGACGCGGGGAGUGAAAGCCUCUCUGUCUCCUUCAGUGCGCCAGCGUGCUGCUGCGGGCCACCUGGCCGAGGAUGUGGGGAGGAGGUUUCCCGAUGUCCGUCACCGCGAUUGUGACUCUACUCCUGGUUAUUAUCGACGUGAAAGCCAGUGGGGAGUAUUGCCACGGCUGGCACGACUCACAGGGCGCGUGGAAGGAAGGCUUCCAGUGUCCGGAGAAGAUCGACGCAGACGACGCGAUCAUCUGCUGCGGGAAAUGCGAAUUGCGCUACUGCUGCUCCAGCACGGAGGCCCGGCUGGAUCAAGGGAGUUGCGAUAACGACCGGCAGGCCAAGGAGCCCGGGACAGAGAGCAAGGACAACAAGGACUCCGGUGCAGUUCCCAUCUAUGUGCCGUUCCUGAUCGUGGGCUCUGUGUUUGUAGCCUUCAUCCUGGUGGGCUCUGUGGUCGCCGUGUGCUGCUGCCGCUGCCUCCGCCCCAAACAGGAACUGUCCUCAGGAGGUGCGACAGGAGGAGGGCCGGGCAGUGGCCGCCUCUUGGAGACCAUCCCCAUGAUGGCCAGCGUGGGGACCUCCAGGGGUUCAUCGUCACGCCAGUCCAGUACAGCCACCUCGUCCAGCUCCUCUGCCCCGCCCGCUGCACCCCGCCCCGCUCCCCCUGCCCUCAUGCGGGCCCAGGCCUCCUGCUGCCUGCCCCCCGAUGCCAGCGUCUUCGUCAACAUGCCCACUAACUUCUCCGUGCUCAACUGCCAGCAGGCCACGCAAAUCAUGCCUCACCAGGGACAGUUUCUUCACCCGCAGUACAUCGGCUACGCCCACCCUGCCGCAGCCUUCAUGGACCCCACUCAGGGAGGAUACAGACCCCUCCAGUCCCCCUGCCCUCCUCCCACCGGUGACCAGAAAUACCCCGCCGUGACUGUAUGAUGAGGAGCCAACCUGCAGACCACUCUGCUACUUUUGUGAAGUUUAGACCGUGAGGGCUGCGCCAGAGACCUUUAGGGGACGCUGCCAGAGUGGAAAAAUAAAAGGCAGGGAGUCAGACUCACAUGAAGGACUCGUAAUCCUGCUGCUGGCUGCAGGCCCUGCCUUGCUAUUGUGUGUGCUGCGUGUCUGUUUAGUGUGUCAUAUGAUCUCUUGGCGAGUUGGAAUGAGCGAAGCUCAACCUCUGAUGGACGCAUAAACAAUUUUCUGUCUUGAUGCAAAGACAAAACUGCAUAUAGGAGGGUUAUACAGCCCA